AUGUAUAAUAAUAUGGAAAAAAAAUUAUCAGACCACCUAAUUGCAUUAACCACGAAAUCGGGGUUUCCUGAGGAAGAUAAAAAGAAAUUAUGGAAAGAAUGCAAUGAAGGAAUUAAAAAAGAAUUUAAAGAAGUAGAAAAUUAUUAUAAUCGUAUUUUUAAGGAUUCUGAGAAUGCUUGUAUAAUACCGGGUCUUCUUUUUAACAUAAAAUUGCGAAAAUAUAUUAACUUGUGGAAAAAAGUUGCAUAUCGAACUGAAAAAAAAUGGAGUGACACUUUUGCAAUGAGAACAAGUAAAUAUCAAACCCUAAAAUCAAAGUCAUAA